AUGGAGGUCGACGUCGGGGAGGCGGGCAGGUCGUGGCCCAGGCCGCCGCUGCGGGAAUUUGACCCCGCGAGGGACCCGCUGGUGUUCCAGCAGCUGGAGGUCGACUACACGAAUGAAGGCAGGAAGGCAGUUGUACGGAUGUAUGGAGUGACCGAGGAAGGCAACAGUGUCUGCACAUUUGUUCAUGAUUUUGAGGCGUACUUCUACAUCAAGGCGCCCAUGGGCUUCAGCCAAGAUGACAUUGAUGCACUCCAAGCUGCGCUGAAUGCACAUCCUGUGGCAGCUGGCUUCAACGUUGUUCGUAUCGAACAAGAGAUGAAGUCCAAUGUGUGGACAUACCAGUUUGGACAACUCAGCCCCUUUCUGAAGAUUGUUGUCAACAUACCCCAAGCUGUCACAAAAUUCAGAGGUGUUCUUGAAGGUGGUGGGGUUGUGGCCAAUGGCAUCGUCCUGGAAAACUUGACCACUUAUGAGAGCAGCGUGCUGUAUGCCUUGCGCUUCAUGAUCGACAGUGGCAUGCCUGGGGCCAGUUGGGUGGAGCUGCCCGCCGGCACCUACAGCCUUGUGCCUGAGGGCAGCCACCAGACCACCUGUCAGCUGGAGGCCAAGGUUCGGUAUGACUCUAUCAUCAACCACCCCCCAGAAGGGAGAUACUCGAUGCUGGCUCCUCUUCGCAUACUGAGUGUGGACAUCGAAUGCGCUGGGAGGAAGGGUCAGUUUCCAGACCCCAAGCUGGACUCUGUCAUCCAAAUCGCAAGCUACAUCACGGUACAGGGGCAAAACGAUGCAAUCGUGAAGAAUGUGCUGACUCUGAAUUCUUGUGCCCCCAUCGUGGGCGCGGUGGUGGAAUCGUUCUCCACAGAGCGAGAGCUGCUGUUGCGGUGGAGGGACCUCAUGCUCAUCGCCGAUCCAGACGUCAUCAUAGGCUACAACAUUUGCAAUUUCGACCUGCCUUAUCUGCUUGAGCGUGGCCGCACGCUGAGGAUCGAUCGGGAGUUUGAAUACUGGGGCAGGCAGAAGCAGAGCCGCAUACGCAUGCGGGACUCGAAGUUCAGCUCCAAGGCUUAUGGCACGCAUGAGUAUAAGGAGAUCACCAUCGACGGGCGCAUACAGCUGGAUAUGCUGCUGGCAAUCCAGCGUGACCACAAAUUGUCAUCCUACUCUCUCAACUCAGUGUCCGCCCACUUCCUGGGGGAACAGAAGGAGGACGUGCACCACUCCAUCAUAACAGACCUGCAGAACGGCAAUGCAGAAACGCGCAGACGGCUGGCAGUGUACUGCCUGAAGGAUGCUUACCUGCCUCAGCGACUUGUGGACAAGUUGAUGUACAUGUACAACUAUGUUGAAAUGGCGCGCGUGACUGGGGUGCCCAUGAGUUACCUCCUCACAAGGGGCCAGAGCAUCAAGGUGUUUUCACAAAUUUUGCGAAAAGCCAGGUCGAGAAAUUUCUUGGUUCCCAACCUCAAGAAAAUGGGCCAAACAGACGGUGUGGCAUAUGAGGGCGCGACGGUCCUGGAAGCUAAGCAGGGCUUCUACGAGAACCCCGUGGCCACCCUAGAUUUUGCUUCCUUGUAUCCAUCGAUAAUGAUGGCACACAAUCUGUGCUACACUACUCUCGUGCCCAAGCACAGGGUGAACGAACUUCCCCCGGGCGAUGUCGAGACGUCUCCUAGCGGCGACACCUUUGUCCGCACCAGCAGGCAGAAGGGCCUCCUGCCUGAUAUAUUGGAGGAGCUCUUGGCAGCUCGCAAGAGGGCGAAGGCUGACCUGAAAAUCGCCACUGACCCUUUCGUCAAGGCUGUGAUGAACGGUCGCCAGCUGGCCCUGAAGGUCAGCGCCAACAGCGUCUAUGGCUUCACGGGUGCCACCGUGGGGAAGUUGCCCUGUCUGGAGAUCUCUUCCACAGUCACAGCCUAUGGUCGGCAAAUGAUCCUCCAGACGCAGGAGAUGGUAACCAAGAAGUACAACAGAAGCAACGGGUUAGAGCAGGACUGUGACGUUAUCUAUGGUGACACUGACUCCGUGAUGGUGAACUUUAAGGUUAAAGACGUGAAACGCGCAAUGGACUUGGGCAAAGAGGCGGCUGAAUACAUCUCUCAGACUUUUCCGAAGCCAGUGAAGCUCGAAUUCGAAAAGGUGUACUAUCCCUAUCUGCUGAUGAGCAAAAAGAGAUAUGCGGGGCUGCUGUGGACGAACCCCAAUGAGGCGGACAAGAUGGACACCAAGGGUAUCGAGUCCGUGCGCCGAGACAACUGCCUGCUGGUCAGGCAAGUGGUGACGACUUGCCUGGAGAUGAUCCUCAUGCAGCGCAAUGUGGCUGGGGCAGUGGAGUACGUCAAGAACACGAUCUCUGACCUCCUCAUGAACAGGUUGGAUCUGAGCUUGUUGGUGGUCAGCAAGGGCCUAACCCAGAACGCUGAAACGUAUGAAAACAAGGCCGCACAUGUCGAACUGGCCAAGAAGAUGCGCAAGCGAGACCCCGCAACUGCGCCUGGGGUAGGAGACAGAGUGGCGUACGUCAUCAUCAAGGCAGCAAAGGGUGCCAGGGCUUAUGAAAAAGCAGAAGACCCGAUCUAUGCCCUCACUAACAACCUGCCCAUUGAUUACCAACAUUACUUGGACCAUCAUUUGGCACAGCCCCUGACCAGGCUGUUUGAGCCCAUCCUCGGCAACAAUGCGAAGGAGCUUCUUCAAGGUUCGCACACACGCUCCAUCAGCGUCUCAACGCCGUCAGCAGCCUCCGGUGGCAUCAUGCGGUUUGCUAAGAAGACCGCCACAUGCCUUGGGUGCAAGACGCCCCUGGUUAAGGACUCCGUGUCGCCCCUGUGUGGGCACUGCCAGCCAAGGGAGGCUCAGAUCUUGACAUCGCUACUGGCGCAGGUCAACGACCUCGAGUCGCACUUUGGGAGGCUGUGGACGCAGUGCCAGGCGUGCCAGGGCAGCCUGCACCAGGAUGUGCUGUGCACCAGCAGGGACUGCCCGAUCUUCUACAGGAGGAAGAAGGUGCAGAAAGACCUGGGAGAGGUGAAGGUUCAGCUGGCAAGGUUCCCGGACUGGUGA